UAGGAUACGCGGCGGUGCUUUUGGAAGCCGAGGUACGACUGGCAAGAUUACUCUCUUAAUGCUUGCGAUGCGCUCUCGGCGACACAAUGCGCGCAUCGAGUACAUUUUAAGAGUUGAAUAGCCGUACAAGAGGCGUAGACAAAGCAAGGAGCGUCUCGGCAAUAAGCAGACGUCGGAUCGGAUGCCUUUCUGUAUUGCGGUGCCGUGCAGCGCCUUGUUGACAUGUGUUGCUCUUCUCCGCAUUGCGCGAGUGGUAGGGGGAGCAUGGGCCAUGAUGAUUUCUCCGAAAGAUGGAUUGCCCGCUCCGGAUGAAUUCCGCACCAUCUCCGCAAUCUUCCAAGUCGCUGCAGGCACGUCAACGUGCAUUGCCAGCAGAUAACUCAACCACAAGAGACUCCCCGUAGAUAGCCCAACAUAGCUCUCGCAAUCUCCAUUGCCAUCACCAUGGCGGCGCAGACAGUCUCAAUAUGUAAAUUCGUCGGAACAAUCACCCUGGGAAUCGCAACAGGUGUCUCAGCAACUGUCUCCACAGUCGCCCUCCCCGCCCUCCUCGCUCUCCCUACCGCCAUCAAUGCUCGAACAUCCCUAAACUACCUCUCCACCAAAUCCACGAACCUCUCCUCAUACCUCCGCCACAUCACAACCUUUACUCUCUUUUCCGCCUACUGUCUAUCACCAAGACGGUUCCGCCAUCCUUACCUACUCUACACAUCCAUCUUCUCAUUCGUCUCGGGACCCGGUGUUGACUAUGCCGUUAGCUUGACGGCAGGCGGUGACGAGAAGCGUCAAGUAAUGGAGUUGGAGGCUCAAGGUGAUGAGGUCAAUGGUGAGCAGGUCCGAUUGGCGGUCGAGAGGAAGCAAAAGGUUGAGUGGGUCAAGACUGGGCUGGCUGGUGUGGCUUUUGCCAUGCAGGUCGUUGGACUGUGGGGUGACGGCGCGUAGAUUGACGCAUUAUUGUGUUCAUGCAGCAUCAUGUCAAGACCGUUGAGAGGAUGACUUUGGUGGCUAUCGGGAGUAGGAUUCUGAGUAUGUGAUAUUGAUGUUCUUUUCUAGGUCAGGAGUAGGAGAUGGAGAUUGCUAUUGGUAUACUGUAUGAUUUUGUACUCUCCUUUCAUGGUUUCUAUGCAGGACGUACACACGAUGUGGUUAGUGAGAACUAUUAUAUCCCUCUCAAUUCCCCACUGCAGCCAAACUUCUUUGACGUUGUUGCUGCAUAUACGAGAGACUCUGAACAGAUGUAGAGUCAAUCGUCUGCUACGCUACAGUUUACGGCAACAUCUAACAAUAAGGCUCGAGAGAUUGCGUACUGUUGCGACCAUUUAUGUUAUUUACUUCUAUAC